CCCUCUUACGGGAUACUGAUAAGUGCACAUUUUCAGUAAUCAGGUCCAUAGCAGAUGGCUCUUUCCUGUAGCUAAAGACCAACACGUAACAAUCCUGGGGAGAGACGUUUCCGCUGCUCAGGGAUGGAAGUGCAACUAGAUUCAAGCAUUGGGGAGUUGGGGGGAACAAUGGCAGGGUAUUGGAUCAGUCCAUGGAAGCGUAGAGCAUUUGCCCUGCAAGUCAGCCUCAUUGGAGGCCAGGGAGCUGAGUGGGGGAGCAAUGACCAAGAUAGCUGCAGCCACCCAUAAGCUGUCACCAAGUCCCCUGCAGUGCUGUGAGCUCACCCACAAACUCUGCCUUAGCUACGCCGGGCAUGGAGCCGGUGCCCGCUUCCUGGAUGGACCAUCAAUCCUAAAGUUGGACUGCUGUGCUGUGGCCUUGCUCUUUGGCUGCAGUAGCGCCGCCCUGGCUGUCCGUGGCAACCUGGAGGGAACUGGUAUCCUCCUCAAGUACAUCAUGGCAGGAUGCCCUCUAGUGCUGGGAAACCUCUGGGACGUGACUGACCGAGACAUUGACCGCUAUAUGGAGGCGCUCCUCCAGAGCUGGCUGAAGGCAGGGUCAGGCGCUCCUCUCCUCCAGCAUGUCGCCCAGUCCCGCCAGGCCCCCAGACUCAAAUACCUCAUCGGCGCAGCCCCCAUAGCCUAUGGCCUACCUGUGUUUCUGCAGUGAGGCCCCUGCCCACUGGGCUCCCAGGGGUCAUGGGACUUGGGUCAUGAGCCUGGAGGGAUGAGGUGCUGGAUCCCUUUCUUGUAUGAAACACUUGACCUGAAAACUUCCUUCCAGCCAAACUUUUUCCUCUGGACCACAGCUUCUCUGAAAGUGCCUUGCACUCAGGUGCUGCUUUCAGCCUUGUCUGUCUGACUCUCAGCAGAAGGCCCCUGGGUGGCUUCUCAUAAGGACUCAUGGAUGGAUUUUUUUUUAAUCUUCACUGUGGCAUGUUUGAACAGCUGCAGUGACUUGCAGAGUGGCUGGUCCAGGAGAAGAAUCGUA